UCAGUUCUGUUUCGCCCAGUUUCGGCGAAGCACGUGUAAUCUGGUGAUGUUUCGAACAAUAGAUAUUUACUGAUUUAAAUAUUUUUAUUAGUUUAACGAUAGACAGUUUUCAGAAUUACAGUCAGAAUGCCAGUAAUAAAUAGAGUAGUGAAGCCAACUACUCAUAGAGGUAAACGAGCCAUUAUAAAAAAGGAGCCCAAGUUAAUAGAAGACGCCAAAGAGACUCUAUGUUUCAAAGGAAAAAAUACAUCUCAGAUUGUCGUUGAUUUUAUGAAAGAUCUGUAUGAUCUGAAAAAACCAAAUGCACACAUGAUGCAGAAGAAAAAUGAUAUACUGCCAUUUGAAGAUGUCACACUCAUUGAAAAGUUUUCUGUUAAAUACAACGCACCUCUUUUUAUGAUUGCUUUGCACAAUAAAAAACGACCUCAUAAUCUUGUAAUGGGAAGAAUGUAUGAAAAUACAUUGCUGGAUAUGGUAGAGUUUGGUGUGGAAAAUUAUAAAGGUUUAAAGGAUUUUAAAGUUCCCAAAAUUUCUGAGGGGAUAAAGCCUCUAUUAGUAUUUAACGGAGAGCUUUUUGAAAACAAUCAUGAACUUGAUAGAAUUAAGAAUUUAUUCGUGGAUAUGUUUCAAAGGGAAGUUGUCGAAAAUGUUAGGUUACAGGGUCUUGAACAUGUAAUAAGUUUUACUGCGGUUGAAAAUAAAGUUCUUUUAAGAAGUUAUCGAGUGUUUUUGAAAAAAUCUAACUGUAGAAUACCGAGGAUAGAAUUGGAAGAAAUUGGCCCAAGAGCAGAUUUAACAUGCAGACGUACAAAGCUAGCUUCUCAAGAUUUCUUUAAACAGGCCUGCAAGAAACCAAAGGCACUGAAGGUGAAGAGGAAGAAGAACAUUUCCAAGGACAAACUUGGAACAACCUUCGGUCGUAUACAUGUUGGCGCACAGAAACUUAAUAGUAUUCAAACACGAAAGAUGAAGGGUUUGAAGAAAACAAUGGCAGAGAAGAAAGCUGGUGUUAAACGAAAGAGUCCCGAUAGUGGCACCAAUGAUGAUAGUUCAAAGAAACAGAAAAAUAUUACUGAUUCAGCUGAUUGAUGCAAUUGAGUAUAAAGUU